UAUAUAAAAUAUACAAAAUUAUUUAUCUUCUUCAUGACGUUCUUUAUUUGUGUCUAUGAAUAUUUUAUUCAUGUUUCGUUGAUACGUGAAAGUACAGAAUAAUUUGUAAAAGUCUCGUUAACACGUGCCAAGUUUUUUCCACUGGAAAUAAUCAACAGCUUUCUAUUUUCUUUUUUUUUAGCGACGUUGAGACUUUAUUGUUGCCUCUAAUCCAAAUUUAAUUAGAGAUGAAGCACUUAUGUAUCGGGAACUAAAGGAUUUGUUUGCGGAUUAUCGCCACGCAGUGACAACGAGGUAGCGAGAUCCAACAGUGUUGACCCAAAUACUAACUAGUAUUAUAUGAUAAGGUUUGUUUUGUCGUGGAACAUUCUGUUAGAAGGUAUACUUGCGUUUUAAUCCUUUCAGUCACAUGUCCACUUCACUCAACUGUACAGGAGGGAAAGAUAUGUGUCUUUCGUAUUAAUUUUUUUGUCGGAGAGAAUUUUUUUUCGAGAGAUUGUAUGUUAACUGAAUCAGUGAUAAGAUAUCGAUUCUAUUAGUGCUUUUGAAUAUUAUAUAACGGUUAUAUCUUGGAGAGGCUGUAUGAAAUGUAAUUGCGUCUGUUACAACGUUUACAAUAUUGGAAAGAACAGAUAGCAGAGACGAUACGAGAAAGAUAACGAGAGUAAAAGUUGUAUUUAUACAUUGUUCAAUUGUUUCGCUAACUGUAUCACACGUUUCAUGCAUCAAGAACUACGAAAUUUGUCAACGGGUCAGUGAUUACUGAUUACACAAGGGAUAAUUGGAGUUCGAUGGGCUUGUUUCGCAAUGACUAAGCGAUCGAAUCGAAGAUUAGCGUGCUAUUGAAAUUGGGGAAUUCUCACCACGCGCAGCAAGUGACGAUAAUUCCUAGUUUGGUGUAUUGAAAUUCCGAAAACGGACGAGAAUUACACAAGUGACGCGUCCAAGUUCUGCAUAUUCUAAAAACAUUCGAACCCGGUAAAAUGAUGACUCGAACCCCUUCUAAUUUCACCUGAAAUAUAGCAUCUGUAUUUUCAUAUUACCAACAAAUAAGUGCCAUAAAUCUAUACCGUAUGGAUCAAAUAACAGAAGCGUACAAGAAAGAAGAUUACAGGCCACGGCGACGUGAAGAAGAUAUCAAGAAGUGAUAAUAAGAACACUCAAUAAAAGCAACAAUAGAAAAUCCCCAAGCUCAGGAGUCGCACAAUGAGCGUCCAAGUCAGCGAAAUCUUCCAAGCUGGAUGAGAAUAAGUGAACGAUACUUGAAAAAUUUAAUAAAGAUAUCUAGCAAUUGCAAUUGCAGACGCAAUAUCUAAAACCAGUAGCAUUUGGAUUAAAACACAAGCGUACAAUUUAAUAAUAAUUAAGAAGGAUCAGGCAUCAGAGAAGACACCUCGAAGCGAAGAUACGCGCAUCGAGCGGAACGAACGACAGAAAAUCCCCCGAGCUCGGGAAAUUGAUUAAUCGUCGUACUCUUCUCGUAUUCCGAGGUCGUUUUCUCGCGUACCUCCGCGUUUCACGCGGAUCUUGCUAAAUCAUCGCGUUGACCUACAGCACCGAGACGAUCAGGGGCACGACAGGUCGGUGGGUUAGGCCCCGAACGGACUGUCAAUGAGGUGUCCAGCUGUGCCCAUCCUGUGCAAACGCGGGAACAAUUAUUACCGCGGCCUGUAACAGUGUCCCUCCUCGUGUCCAUGUUCCAACACUUUUUACCAGCCCCACCAUUCGGCAUAAACACACCAGAGCGGUGCACAGUUUGCGGCAGUUUAGUCGCUACUUAACCGUGCUCGUUCGACUGUGUUCGUCACCACGUCGAGCAGCCGUCAGCCACGGCGGAUGAAGUUUUCGUCGGUGUCCGUCUUCGCGAUCCUCCCGAGGACUCCAUGGUCCAGCCGAAAAUGGGAGUUGGGUCGACGAAAUCCCUCGAAACAGGUGCACCCCGGUUCGGUAAUUCGAGAUGAACGGGAUUAGGAACACGAACACGAACGGGGACCACUUUUGGCCGAGUUUUCAUCUAUCUGGACGAUCCUUUCCGUGACGAGUCGCGCAAUCGAUUGUCGUCUACCGUUAUCGAGCGACGCCUCCGAAAAUCGUCGACGAACUGGAGGGAACCGCAAAGGAAAGACGAGCGCACGUCGACAGAGGGAAGCGAGUUAGAACCGGUGGAGUCAACCUUGAUCUGCGGCGUUAACGAGGCGAACAAAGCUCUCCAGGCGUCGGCGUCGAGGAAAAAGCGGGUCAAGGUGUCAAAGACGUUAAGGCAGCCGUCAAGAUAUCGACAGAAGGUGUUAGCGCGACGAUUCCCCUAGGAAAACAAAGUGUCACGCGACACUGUUAACGAUCGACCGGGCCCCUAUCGACCGCGUGAUCGCUAAUCGACGAUCGGGGAUCAUCGUGUUUGGACUUUCUCGGAGUCAUCGUCACGCGACUACGCUGUCAACGAUCAACAGGGACUACGAUCGCGAACAGCGUCGAUUCCAUCGGCAGUCAAUCGCGGAAAGUCGCCGAUCGCUCCUCGAACUGGCUGCUGGUCGCAUCGAGCAAUCCAGUCUCUCGAAUCCAACAUUCGUGGAAUUUUUCUAUUUUUCGAAGAAAUUAUAUUCGAAGUGUGUCCAAAGCUUCGGAGUCGAGACUUUUUUCAGCCGAAAUUGUGGUCGAGACACCCGAGGUCUAGAUGGAUUUUUUUCAAUCAAGCAACUUCUUUUUGAAAAGAUCGAACGAUUAGAAGUUUGGAAUUCUUGAUUGGGAGCAGUGAACUGCUUCGCAUGGAUGUUCUGUAUUCGAGAAGCUUUUUCUUGAAGAGAUUUGAAAUUUAACAGUUGAAACUAUCGCAUAGCUGUCAGUGAACUAUUGUGGACACUUGAAUACUCAAUUUUUGUUGGAGGAAUUCGGCAGUUGUUUCGACUCUUAGAUAAGGAACGGAUUUUCUAUAAUUCGGAAGUUUCUUUUCGAAGAGAUUCGAAGUUCGGAAGUGGAACUUUCGAAUAAAUAACAGUGAAUGGUUAUAGCUACUUGGACUGCAUAUGGAUUUUGCAUCAUCGAGAAACUUCUCGAAGAAAUCCAAAGCUCAAAACUUGAGACUUUCGACUAACUAACAGCGGCUUGUUAUAAUCGCCAGGACUGCAUCUAUUAACGUACUAAAAAUCAAUCGAAAGCAGCUCAGUGUUCAGAGGUCCGGCCAACCCUUGUGCUUCGAUAAAUUCCAAAAAAAGACUCUUCCUUCUGAUUCGACCACCCACAUGAUUCUAUCUGCUAACAUACUACUUCUUCAGCGUGAAUCUUGCACAACUUAAUUCAAGAUUCACUCGACUGGAUGCAGUUGACGUUUACUGAUACUGUGAUAAUUAACUGGUAAAUUAAUCGUUCGGUGAAAGUAGACAUAGGCGCUUGCAUGGAGUAUUUCGGUGGUGUGUUCUCGAAGCAAACGUCGUUUCCGAAGGGACACGAUAUGGAGAUCGAUAUGAGCGGGAGGACAAACAAAUCGACGGAGGAAUUAACCAAAAGACGAGUCUCCAUCAGCGAUCAGAUACUCGGAACGGAUAAUCCCACCUUUGAUCACCAUCGGCGCAUAAGCGCCAGCUCGGAGCAUAAUUCCGAUCAGGGCCGUGGAAAAUCUAUACUGGCCCACGGGGGCAGUAACCACGGCAGCUCGGAGAACAUACAUCAGCACAAGUUCGAUCUCGAGAACGGUAGGAUCAACGGGAACAGGAAGAAGUCGGCGCACAGCCUGACGAGCUCCAUCAGGGACAAGAUCGAAUACUCGGAGGAACUCAAACGGUCGUGGUUGUACCUAUUUUGCACGCGAUGCCACGGACGGGAUGACACACCAUCGUGGGAGCCACCCGGCUGGAAAAGAGCCUGUCCACAGCCAUUUUGUCCCAGCUACAGAAAAUUCGCCAGGCUUUUGUGCCUCUUCCUGUUAGGGCUGUUACUCUGGGGUAUCGUCUAUUGCGUGAUAGGCAACGACGCAGCCCCUGGUGGCCAGCUCUUCGGUCUAGCUGCUCUCUGCCUCGCGGCGCACUUUGGAGGAUGGCUGUUCUCCUUGACCACCCUUCCUGCCCUAAUCGGCAUGCUGAUCACCGGCAUUAUACUUCAGAACGUUGGUCUGGUCAGCAUCGAGGGCAACUACACCGUCGUCAUCUCCAAUCUCCGAAAAAUCGCUCUCGUGAUCAUCCUCACCAGAGCAGGCCUGGACUUGGACCCAAACGCUCUGAGAAGGUUGAGAGUCACCGUGCCGAAGAUCGGUCUAAUACCAUGGGUCGUCGAGGCGUUUGUGAUAGCCAUAAUGUCAAAAUACCUGAUUGGCCUGCCCUGGAUAUGGGGUUUCCUGCUGGGUAGCGUAGUGGCCGCCGUUUCGCCAGCUGUCGUGGUGCCGUGUCUCUUCAGGUUACGUGGCAAGGGCUACGGGGUUGCCAAGGGCAUCCCGACCUUGAUCAUCGCCAUUUCUGGAAUCGAUGACGCAGCGUCAGUGGCGAUUCACGGAAUCGUGAAGAGCAUCAUGUUUUCCCAUGACGCGCUAUGGUACCAAAUCCUCCAGGGUCCAAUUGCCAUUAUCGGAGGUCUUGGGUUCGGUAUCCUGUGGGGUUGGCUGGCCAAAUACGUUCCAGAGAAGGGCGACCCGUUCAUGGUGCCCAUGAGAGUACUGAUGUUAUUAGGAGGUGGACUGCUGGCGGUGUUUGGAAGCGAGGCGAUCGAGCUCGGGGGCGCCGGACCCUUGGCAGUGGUUGCGGCCGCCUUUAUCAGCUGCUACUUCUGGCAGAAACAGGGCUGGGAAGUCGACGACAACCCAGUGGCAACCGCCUUCGAGAUAUUCUGGAUGAUCUUCGAGCCGAUCCUGUUCGCCGUGACGGGCGCCCAGAUCAAAAUCGACGAGUUAGAUGGAAGAACCGUCUAUCUAGCCAUUGGCUGUCUGCUAACUGCCAUCAUCAUCCGUAUAGGAACGACCAUUCUCGUUGGAAUUCGUUCGAAGCUGAACCUGAAAGAGAAGAUUUUCAUCGCCUUCGCCUGCAUGGCCAAGGCCACCGUCCAAGCUGCCCUGGCGCCGACCACGUUGGACAAGGUCGACCCCAACGACCCCGUCCAGAUGAUGUACGCGGAAACGGUGGUGACCAUGUGCGUGCUAUCCAUCCUGCUCACCGCCCCCGCAGGUGCCAUAAUUAUCACCCUGUCGGGGCCUAAGCUCCUGACGAAGACAACAACGCCGGUCGCGCCUCCAGAGGCAUGGAAGGCGCGCAGACCCUCCAUUCGCGACAUCUCCAUCAUCAACGAGGACCCAGACCUCGAGGAGACCGCAAACGAGAGGAAACCCUGAAGCGGACGUGCUCCAUGUUUUCAGUCGAACGUGACUGUUUUACCUUAUCCGUAUCGAGGGCUUGCAACGUGCACUGCGAAAGAAUAUUCGGCGAGUCUCCAUCGAAGAUUCUCCCCGGUACUUUAUCUGCUUAUUUCGAAUAUUCGUUUCUGUGUACGAGGGUGUCGGUGGAGGCUUGCGAGAGACGAUUGGGAAUUGGGUAAAUGAAAAGAGUCGGUGUGGGGGAUUCUCGAGAUCUUAGCGAGCAUACUGCAGAGAAAGUCUCGUUAAAAUGGCUCGGACGCGCAAUUCUUUCUGGGGAAAUCGUUCAAGGUGGAGAAAAUAUUUGAAGAAACUCCACCAAGGACUCUAUCAGCAUCCUUUUACUUUGAAUAUUUGUUGAUGAUUGGGAAUUGAGUAAAUGAGAAGAGUUGGUGUGGGGGAUUCUCGAGAUCUUAGCUAGCAUACCGCGGACAGAGUCUCGUUAAAAUGUCCCAAACGCGCAAUUCUUUCUGACAAAUCGUUCAGUUCUUGGUGUAUCGCAAUAUAAUCAUGUUCCUUAUUUCAAUGAAGAUCUUGCACCCUGAACCACAGAAUUCAUUUUGUACAGCAACAGAUAUAGUAAAAGAAGUCCCAGUUUAUCUGACAGCCUUGGAAGUAUACGUACUCUAUCGAAGUCUGAAUCGAUUUGAUUGGAGACGUUUGAAACAGAGAAUCUCCAACGAUGAUUUUGCCAUUUGUAUUUUACCCUCCCCAUCCUGAAUAUUCGUUGCUCCUCCAUUCUUACAAUAAUAUAGAUGGAGACGGGUUUUUGAUGAGGUCUGAAGUUGUUUGAAUGUUAAUUCUUGGUAUACGAAUCUGUCCUGUUGUAGUAUUAUUACAGUUUGUGUCGUCAAUGUUUUCAACGGCCAAUGUUCCUAUUAUCGGGUAUCGUUCCAGUACAGGGUGAGUAACCAGCUUUGUUCGAUCUGAAUAUCUCUGCUAUCAUAAAUAUUAGGCAGAAAUUGAAGUAGCAGACAAAGGUAUUUCAAAGUCGACUUAAUUCAGAUAUUAGUGAAGUAUAUAUGUGUUUCGUUGCGAUACAUUCAUUUAAAGUAUAAGAAUUUGUUGUGAGAUAAAUACUUGCUUUACAUGUAUAAAGGUAUAUUGUAGUAUAGUGAUGACAUAUUACAAGGAUCUUUAUCUUAUCUUAUAAUUCAGUAGAGUAAUGAAUUCUGAGGGAAAAAGAAUCAGAGCACACGUAUUGUAAAUAUAAUAAGUUCUGAGAUAUUCAAGUUUUAAGUUAGUGUUUAGAGUGCUUAACCCUCAGUUGGUGUGGUGUCAGUAUCAUUACAUUACGACCCUAUUAGGUAGAAAACGAUUUAACAUACACGAAAUAAACAAUGUUAUAGUUUAUUCAUUUUUUGUAGAUUUGCAUUUCAUAUUAGAUAUGAAAAGUUACGUUAGCGUAAAUAUUCUACACCACGAAGAAUCUUUUAAAUACUAUUUUACAAUAAUUUUAGAAUGAAACGCUUCUUAGGAUUUGCGAUAAUCAAACAAUCCUGAACGAACUUUGUUCCACUGUCUAAAAUAGUAGCGAUAUCUCAGAUGUUCGACGUUGGUGAUACACCCUGUAUACUUACGCUGACGUUGCCGGUCCCAAGGAUUAAAAAGCACGUUGAUAUCAAGCAUUCGUUUUCAAGUUUUAUCGUUCGUUGCAGAUCGCUGACCUAUCACUCCGCGAGUGAUCCAAAUUGGUUUAUUUAAUUGUCUCUGCCUUAUAAAAAAGAUCCGUCGAGAAGAUUUGCCCAUUGAUCUGGAACGUAGAGGAACGUAUACAGGGUAGAGCACUUGAAAUAGGUCACCUGUAUACCUCGUUUAUUUAUAAGGAUAAGAAAGAAUAUUCGAGGCUAAAGUUUCUUGGUUUUAGAUGUAUAAGGUAUCCGUGUCGUUUUUCUUCUGAAAAUCGAAAAUCGUGGAGACCAUUGGAUCCGUGUUUUCAAUUAUUCUGGUCGAAGCCAGAAUAAAUUGAGGAGAACCGUUUGUAAUAAAUAACGCAUAAUCUAGGAAAAGAAGAUUCAUUCUUUAUUUUUUCCCAUAUUAAAGAAAAAUUAAGAGGAUAUAUACGAUAUUAGGGACAAAUUAAUGACCUUGAUACAUCUCCCUUAAACAAAAGAAAAUAUUAUUACCACACAGUGUUCACUAUGAAAUUAGACAAUUCUCCCUCAAACAUCCUGUCUAUUUUUAGAAAUAAGCCUGGCUGCACGGCUGACCUGUUUUAAACGCUCCAUCUUGUAUAUAACGACAAAGUGUAGUUGAACAUCGGCGUGUCUUUAGGCACGAAAUGCCAGCAAAACGUCUCCAUAAUGUUCCAUAGACAGGCGACCUACGCCUGGAAACCUCGAGCGAUAAUUGAACAAUUUGUCUGCGAGCUUCAUUGUCUGGAUGGGAAAUCUUGCCCCGGUUAGAGAUUUCGGAACAAUGGCUUUGGCAUGCGUUUAUUUUCGAGGUUAUUAGUCGCAUGUGUUUCGUUCAAAGGAUGCCACAAAUGAACAAAUAAAUGGAAAGAGUGUUGUAUCGAUUCUCGACCCAUUUAUGCCUGAAGCAAAAACUUGGGAUUAUGCGAGGAGAACAAAUUUUAACAUUUGGGUAAAUAAUCGUUGGGAUAAGAGCUUAAUUCCAUAAAUAUAUUUAAUAUAAUUAUAGUCUAACGAAUUAUGGUAAAUUCAGCAUUUGGACAAGUGUGAUAUUAACGUGUAUGUGAAUACAUUAAUAGUACUGAUACCUUUAUUCACAAAUACUCCAUGUGGAUAUAAAGAAAAAUUUUUUAUGAAUAUUUUUUUAGAAGUAGAUUAUAAUGUAGAACGCAAGGCAUAAAUGGGUUGGUUUAGUAUGAAAUACUAAAAAAGGAUAAUGCUUGAAUCAGUUUUUAAAAUUCGGUGAUUAGGUGUAGACUAGUUAACAUUUAAGAAUUAAUGCAUAUGUCGAAAUAAGUUUACGAUGAACUAACGAUUACCUUUGAUAGCUGUUUAAGGUUGUACAUUCCUACCUAAUAAUCCUUGUUUGGUGUCAAAGAAAACACAUCAAAUGUAUGCAGAAUCAUAAUAAUAUUAAUAUUUUAUUUUGCAUAAGUGCACUAUUUUUUCAUAAGUUUAGCAUGUAGUUUUCAUAUUUACGUCCACUAUGAAUGCAUAUAAUCAGCAAUUUACCGCUGUGCCUUUUCGUGAAAGACUUGACAAGUUUAAUUAUCUCGGGAAGACUUGUAUAAAGAAUGAUUGGUUUUUAAAAAUGAUAUCAACGACACGAAAAGAGUGUUUUUAAAUUUAACGAGUGAAACGAUGGAGAGUAAUUACGGGAAUUAAUUAACGAGAGAUUUUUCAGAGGCCAAGAAGAAAAAUUGGAGAACGUCCUUAUCUAAUAUUUAACGACUCGAAAUCCUGACGAUCUCUAUCAACUGACAGUUUUCUUGCCCCUUUGUAAGAUUUAUUAAAAAGAAGUUUGAUUCGAUUAAAUAACUCUUAUUUAUAUUCGAAUAUACCGCUUUUGACGAAAAAUGUAAUCGAUACAUAUCCAUACGUUACACAGACAUUGUACACUUUUUUGUAAAAUCGUUUUGACGCACCCUAUUGUAAUUUAGAAACGCGACGAGCGAGUGAGUGUGAAUACUUGUACAUAUUUUGUGGCCGUAUAAUUAGCCCUGAAUGCGAGACUAUGAAAGCAAUACGCAAGAGCCAGCGAAUUGAUUAAUCGAUCGGUCGAAACUUUCAGCAAGGAGCAUCUGCGCGUAAAUUAAUCGAUUAAUUAAUUAGCUCGAGAGUGCUCUUGCAAUCACUUUGCCAGAGAGGAGAGGAUGACUGUAUAAGAACAGAGUCUUACUAUUUGAGACUAAUACAUACUGUAUGUGUAUUAAAGAUAAUAAUUAGUUAUUAA